CCCGUUGGGUUUCCGGUGAGGACGCGUCCGCAGCCUUUCAUGGUUCUAAGAUGACCAAGCUGCAGCUACUGAACGCCUACCUGACGGAGCGGCUGGCGGUCGUGGUGAAGGAGAUCCUGGGCGUGGUGGAGGACACGGUGACGGAGUACCGCGAGGAGACGGCGAGGACGCGGCGGGAGAACGAGAGCCUCCGGAAGCAGCUGCGGGACCUCCUGCUGCUGGAGGCCGGCGCGGACUGGCUGCGGUCGACCCGGUCCAGUCUUCGCUUUGCAUCUCCUGAGCAACGUGAUGCAGAACCGCGACCCGACUCCCCCCAAGAUCUCCCAGAUCUGCCCAGAACGCCACCGGCCACCUCGGCUGAGCCGGUCCAGACGCCUGUGGGGCCGACCCUCCUCCCCGGGGACGAGACUGAAGCUGCGUUCCGGGCGCCGCCGCUGAAGCCGGACCCCGAGAGCGCGGCGUUUGGCGAAGCUUCGUCUCGUCCGUCUCACUCGUCCCUGAAUCCUCCCGCCUACUCGCCUCCGAAAAUCCUCAUCGAAAUCCCCGGGCUCCGAGAGGCCCCCCCGGGCCCGGCUCAGGUGAAGAGCGAACCCGAGGAAUUCGAGGUGGGCGAACCCGAAGGUCUCGUGGACUCUGUGACCCGUGUCUCCGGGGAGUGGUCACCGGCGGCGUUGCGCCGCCAGGCCCACCGGGCGAGGAGCCACGCGGAGCCCGCCGCGGCGGCCGCCCGGGUCCCCGAGCUCGUCCACCGCUGCGCCCGCUGCGGCGAGGCGUUCGGCCACAGCGCCGGGCUCCGCCUCCACCUGGAGCAGAAGAGGAAGACCUACGCCUGCGACUGGUGCUGCAAGUCCUUCGCUCAGUCGGCGGACCUGCGGCGCCACCUGCGAACGCACACCGGCGAGCGGCCGCACCGCUGCACCUUCUGCUCCAAGAGCUUCAGCCAGAGGGGGAACCUGCGGCGCCACCUGCGCAUCCACACGGGCGAGCGGCCCUACAGCUGCCCGUACUGCUUCCGCACCUUCAGCGACGGGGACACCAUGAAGAAGCACAAGCGCACGCAUUCAGGGGAGAAACCGUACUGCUGCGUCCGCUGCUCCAAGAGCUUCAGCAGCGGCAGCGGCCUCCAGAUCCACCUGAAGAGGGACAUGUGCUUCGUGGAGAGCGCCUAGCGGGGGGGGCGGGUUCCAUACCGGUCCGCAGGAACACCACAGGGACAUUCACCACUCGUUAUAGAACGUAGUGUCCACCCUCAGGUUAACACUGUUAGCACUAUUAGCUGCUAGCCGCCGGCUCAGCAGUCGCCAUGUUGAGAGCCAGCGGAGGCAGCUGAUGCUCUGAUUCAGCACCUUUAACUUAAAGGAACGUGGUGUUCUAUUCAGAGUGAAGUACCGUGUCUCCAGAUGGAAUCCGAUGUCUGGGGUUCCAUCACCUCGAGGACGUCCUCCCUUUAAGGCUCGGCUGCACGACUCAAUAAUUAAAGGCGGAUGAGGGGAGAAAAGGAUUGGAAUUAAUUUCUAGUUUAGAUAUGACUCGAUGGGUGAGAGAUGGACUUUGGUUUCACUUCAUCUUCUUAAUUGUUGUACUUUUUUUGUUUUUUGUUUUUUUUAAUUGUUGGCUUUUUUAUAUUAGUUUUUUUCUACGUGUAAAGGUCAGGAUAAAAACCCACACAAACUAAAGCAACUUCUCCUUUGUUUACUUUGAGACGUCAGGUUUUUAAACGUGACGGAGGGACGCCGCCCUGCGUCUCUGUGUCACUACACUUUGUGUUUUUGUGUAUUUUUCAGUCUAUGUGUGUGUCUGUGUGCCAUCGAACUGAACAGGACCAUUGUGGAUGCUUCAUGGUUCUGAGAGUGAAAGUCUGUAGUUUGUUCACUUUGGGCUCCUGUAGAAACAUGAGAAAGUAAAGUUAUGGUAAUAAUACACUGAAAUGUUAUAUUCAAGUACUGCCCCUAAAUGUCAAAUGUCCUUUUUAAAAUAUUACAAAUAUAUCUUUUAAUAAUCUACAUAGGUUUUUGAUAUAGAUUUAGCUCACGGAUAAAUGUAAAAGUAUAAAGUAGCAGUUAAAAUACUCAAGUACAAGUACCUUAACGUAUUGAAAUGCAGUACUUCUCACUUCAUUAGUGUCUCAUUGGUUCUGAUAAUUAAUACAAUCUAUAAUUUAUUGGCUCAUUUUGUGUUGACCAUUAGUCUGAUAAUUGAGCUGAUGAUUCAAAGGAAGCUUUUAAUGAGCAUUAAAUACUUUUUUCUUUGACAUAAUGGGCACAUUUGUCGUAGUUUGUUAGCUAGCUAACAUUACGUAGCUUACUAAGCUAGCUAGCCAGCUAGCUUCUCAUCUAACAGCAGUGUUGGUGAUACUGUUGUAGAAGAAGAAACAUUUGAUGACCUGAGCAGUUUAGUUGACCUCUUUAGCAUCUAAAGGUCGACAAACGCUCGAACAAAUAAUUGCUUCAGUGACAGAAGGACGUCUUGAUACCUAAAAUACAUCUGAGAGGAUGCAAGGAGAGAGGAGGCGAGUAGGAGAGAAGGUGUCCGAAUCACGUGAGACAUCCUCGUCAUUAUUUAUGUGUCUCUACUGAGGCAUGCUGGGAAACGGACCAGACGUCAUUGAUCCGUGUGAUUAUCAGUAUUUUGUAUUGAUGUGCAACAUCCUGUUUUUUUUUAGACAUAAUAAAUCUUUGCGAACCUUUAUGAUUUUAACCCUCA